AUGGCACGCAGGAAGGUGAACCUCCGCCGGAUCCAGGACCCCGCAGCUCGCCGCACCACCUUCCGGAAGCGCCGCGACGGUCUGAUGAAGAAGGCUAGCGAGCUGGCCACGCUCUGUAACUUGAAGGCAUGCGUGAUUGUGUAUGGCGAGGGCGAGGCGCAGCCGCAUGUGUGGCCAUCCGUCUCCGAGGCGGUGCCCAUCCUGCGGCGCUACAAGGACACGCCGGAUCUGGAGCGGUACAAGAAGACGAUGAGCCAGGAGGGCUUCCUCCGCCAGCGCGUGGACAAGCUCCGGGAGAUGACCGAGAAGUUGCAGCGUGAGAACCACGAGCGCCAGACCAUGUGCCUUUUGCACAAGGCCAUGCUCGGUAAGCUCCCGACCUCAAUGGACCUCACCAUCGAGGAGGUCACCAGUGUCGGCUGGAUGGCGCAGAAUUAUCUCAAGAGCAUCGGCUACCGUAUUGCUGAACUCAGGGGGCAGGCCAGUCUGCAGGCUCCUCCGGCUACCUCCAUCCCCAGCUGCAACGACAUGAUGACCAAGGGGAUGGGGGAGCCCUCUCUGGAGGAGUAUCUGCAAAUGCCGCAGCACGAGAUGUGGAUUGACAAUAUGAGGGUCCAAGGGGAAGACCUCAGCGCCGGUCUAUACAGUGACAAUGGUGCUGGCCCUAGCACCACCCAUCUGAGCGAUGAAGAUCUGAUCUCAUGGGCACAGGGCUUUGAUUUUGAUGCUUCCAGUUCUUUUUUCACUCCCAUGUGA